AAUAUACACACAUAUUAUACAUUUAUUUUUAAUUCCACCGGUGGUGUCGCGAAUCGCGAAAAAACUAAAGGUUUAUCUGGCUGGAAGUAGUGGUGGUCGUGUGCAGCGAUCCGUGCCCGUGGUGGUUACUAUCGAUUCAGUUGUCCAUCAGUAGAGACAUGUCAUUUGACUUGUACGGUUGUGCGUUUCACGUUCAUUGAGGUAGUCGUCGGUUGUAACUGGUGGUCACCGUUCGUUUAGGUUGUGGCUCUUUUCUGGAAGUGUAAUGAUUUCGUUUUAGUUUGGAAAUCGCCCUUUGAACCUUAAUAGGUACCACUAUUUCCGAACGUUUGUUUCGGGUUGACUGCGGUUGAUAUACAAACGUGAUAAUUGUGUGGAUAAUAGAUUGCUCGCACAGGGUAUCGCGUUUCUGCUCAGAAGAAACAAGUGCGAGGCAACGAGAUCGUAGUCCGACGAAAGCUGAUCGCGCGCAUUACUGCUACGUGUAGUCUAGCCAUUAGGAGUGCGCUCUGGAUCUGAAGUGGAACGGGGGUGAUCGGAAGGUAAUUGCUGUAUCCAGAACACGUAUAGAAAGCAACAGAACAGUGAAGUUGGGGUUACUUGGCUGACAGGAAAUGGCGCCCAGUUUGAGUAAGAUAGCUGGCGGGAAUCAAAACCUAGCAAUAGCGAUUGCUGGUUGUACCGCUGCCACCUGGAUUAUUUUGUACGGCAAGCAGGUCCACAAGGCUCGCAAACAACGGCCUGAAGAUGAGAUCCAGUAUUUCAUCAGUGAUAAGAAAGAAAAACGUACAACGAAGGCACAUGUUAACUCACAGUUCUUCAAGCAACUUCGAGCACUGUUAAAAAUCAUCAUUCCUAAAAAAUGGAGUGCCGAGAAUGGUCUCUUGCUAGUGAUAGCAGCGUCCUUGAUAGCAAGGUCAAUCAGCGACAUCUGGAUGAUCCAGAACGCCACAGCAAUUGAGAGCACCAUCAUCACGAUGAACAAGCCUCAAUUCCACACGUCGUUAGUCAAGUAUCUCGCUGCACUUCCCGCUAUUGCGGUUGUUAAUAACGUACUAAAAUGGAGUAUUGGUGAGCUGAAGCUCAAGUUUAGGACCAAUAUGUCACAAUAUUUAUACACAGAGUACCUGAAAGGAUUCACCUACUACAAAAUGUCCAACCUAGACAAUCGAAUAGCCAACGCUGACCAGCUGCUGACGACCGACAUUGACAAGUUCUGCGAAAGCGUCACAGAUCUCUACUCCAACAUCUGCAAACCGCUGUUGGACAUUGUGAUAUACGUGUACCGGCUGACUACCAAUUUGGGUGGUACGACGCCCGGUAUACUGCUGCUGUAUCUGUUCUUCUCGGGCGUAUUCCUGACCAACCUGAGGAAACCUACCGGUCGACUCACGGUGAUGGAACAGAAGCUCGAAGGCGAGUUCCGGUAUGUCAAUAGCAGGCUUAUUACCAACUCGGAAGAAAUUGCCUUCUACCGUGGUAACAAUCGUGAGAAGCUUACCAUCUUGGCUAGUUUUAACAAGCUUGUGGCCCACAUGCGCAAGUUCCUGGAGUUCCGCGUCGGAAUGGGUAUCGUUGACAACAUGGUUGCCAAGUACAUCGCCACUGUAGUAGGAUUUUAUGCCGUAUCGUUACCGUUCUUCGAGAAAGAUCACCCGAUGCUGACGGGUGAGAAUGCUGGCGAGCGGUUGAGUAAAUACUACACUUUUGGACGAAUGUUGGUAAAACUGGCGGAAGCAAUUGGUCGAUUGGUGCUGGCGGGUCGUGAGAUGUCCCGAUUGGCUGGCUUCACUGCCCGUAUGACCGAACUGACCGUGGUGUUGAAGGACUUGAACGCCGGACGGUACGAGCGAACGAUGGUUAGCAAUUCCAGCGUCGCCGAUGCCGAAAUCGGACCGGGUAAAGGACUGAUGAAGUUCCAGGAUAACAUCAUUACGUUCGAACAUGUUCCGCUGGUCACUCCAAAUGGUGACGUUUUGGUGAAAGAUUUGAACUUUGAAGUCAGAUCAGGCAUGAAUGUAUUGGUCUGUGGACCGAAUGGUUGCGGCAAGAGCAGUUUGUUCCGCAUCUUGGGUGAGCUGUGGCCUACGUGGGGUGGAAAAGUGACAAAACCACCGGCUGGCAAAUUAUUCUACAUUCCACAAAGACCGUACAUGACGCUAGGAUCAUUAAGAGAUCAGAUCAUUUACCCGCACACGCACCAAGAAAUGAAGCGACGUGGUCGAUCGGACGCCGACCUGCAUGCUUAUCUAGAACUGGUGCAACUAUCCUACCUGCAGAAUCGGGAGAAAGGUCUGGACGCUAUCGAAGAUUGGAUCGAUGUGCUGUCGGGUGGUGAGAAGCAGCGUAUCGCCAUGGCACGUCUGUUCUACCACAGCCCCCAGUUUGCCAUCCUGGAUGAGUGCACUUCGGCCGUUUCAGUGGACGUCGAAGGAAGCAUGUACGAGUAUUGCCGUAAGGUUGGCAUAACGUUGUUCACCGUGUCCCACCGGAAGUCUCUGUGGAAACAUCACGACUACUAUCUGCAGUUCGAUGGGCACGGAGCGUACGAAUAUGCCCCGAUCGACGGAAGUGAACAGCAAUUUGGUUCAUAAACAAUGACAGCUGAGAUUGGGUAACAAGCACAAAGUCUUUCGUGUUCGCGCCUGUUUGAGAAGCAUGAUGUGUUCGUUAUGAACGAAUAUCUAGGUGAUAAGAGGUUCCAGGAUGAGGUGCAGGAAACCCGCAUAUAGGUGUAAUCAAAUACAUACAUGAAGAAAAUCCAAACUUAGGUUAGUAGACAUUUUCUUUAAAAACAUGAUGCGUUUGCUUAAAUAUUUGUUUAUUAGCAAUGAUACUUUUGUUGUUUUAUGAGUACUGACUAUUGAUUUAAUAACAAGUAUGGGAAGAUCCAUCAAUUACGUCGCGCAACAACAAAUGGCCAUUUUUAACGUCCAUUCCCCCUUCGUUACACCUGUAGUAUGGAAGCUUAAAAUAGUUUUAUGGAUCGCCAUACUCCAUGGAACUUCACCCAUCCCUAAGAAGCGUUAAGUAAUUCAUGGACGUUCCCUUUACAAAAUUA